AUGCCGCUCCAGGUUGUUGCUGUCGUGAAGGGCAACUCAGAGGAACAGCUGGUUCGAAAAAAAAGAGAGUGGAUUCUCCCCCCAAGACCACUGAUGGAAAAUAAGGACUACACAGGCCUUGAGUAUAUCGCCAAGAUUCGAUCUGAUUUUGAGAGUCAGAUGCCUAUUGAAUACUCUCUCGAAGGCAUUGGGGCAAACCUGUUUCCGUUCCAUGUGUUUACAGUGGAUCAAACCAAUGGAUACAUCAAAGUGAGCAAAAUUCUUGACAGGGAGGAAAUCGACACCUACAAUCUGUUUGGUAUUGCUAAAACCACUGGUGGUGAAGAAAAGGAAAAGAAGAUUGGCAUACGAAUCGAGGUUCUAGAUGAGAAUGACAAUCCUCCAGUUUUUGGAAUCAUCAACCAAGGGGAGGUAAAGGAGCUUAGUGAAAAAGAUACAUUUGUAAUGAAGAUAAAUGCAACUGAUCGUGAUAAAGAAGGGACUGAUAACUCUAAGAUCGCCUUCAGCAUCCUCAGUCAGAGUCCAUCUGAUGACAUGUUCUACGUCACCCCAGAUGGGAGCGUCUGGGUCAAACAGUCUAACCUGGACAGAGAGAAAGGAAGUCAGUACACUCUGACAGUGAUCGGUAAAGACUUAAAUGGCAAACCAGGAGGAUAUACUGGUACAGGAACUGUUACCAUAAAUGUAUUAGAUGUGAAUGACAACCAUCCCACCCUGGAACUCGAGCAGUACGAGGGCAGUGUUGAAGAGAACACAGAGGGUGUGGAGGUGAUGAGAAUCAAAGCAUCAGACCUGGAUGUGGAGGCAAUAAACCGUGAAGCUGUCUAUGAGAUUGUGAAAGGCAAUGAAGGAGGGUACUUCAGCUUUAAAACAGACUCCAAAACCAACGAGGGUAUCCUAAUGCUGGACAAGGCUGUGGAUUAUGAGAAUGUGAAGAACCUUGAUCUUGGAAUAUCAGUGAAAAACAAAGUUGCACAUUAUGCCGGAGCUACAACUGUCACCGGCGGUCUUGAAGGCAGUAGUGAAGGCAGUGCCAAAUUAAAAACCUAUCCACUCAAAAUCAAUGUGAUAAAUAUAGCUGAGGGUGCAGCUUUUGAUCCCAAAGUCAAGUCUAUUCCCAUCGUAGAGGGAGGCCACUCCAUCAAGGUCAAUGAUAUAAUCGCCCGCUACAAUGCAAUAGAUUUAGACACUGGGAAACUAGCUGAAAAUGUCAGGUAUGCCAAGGGUUCAGACCCUGACAACUGGCUCAUCAUUGAUCCAGUGACAGCUGAGAUCAAACUGAAUAAGUUGCCUGACAGAGAAUCUCCAUACCUCCUCAAUGGGACAUAUAUGGCUAAAGUUCUGUGCAUAAGUGAAGAAGUGCCUGGUAGAACAGCCACCGGCACUGUGGCGAUCCAGGUGGAAGAUUUUAACGACAAUUGCCCCACCGUCACCAGCAACUUCAAGACGAUGUGUACCACAGCUGAUUCUGUUAUUGCCAACGCUGAAGAUAAGGAUGCAUUUCCAAACGGAGCCCCCUUUUCCUUUAAAAUCAUCAAAGAAGGAACCAAGGGUGAAUGGCAGGUCGAACAACUUAAUGAAACUGCAGCUGUCCUAAGGGCUCAGGGUACAGUGUGGCCGGGUGUCUAUCAGGUUGCAUUUGAUGUGAAGGAUGCACAGGGAGUGGCCUGUUCAGAGCCACAGAAAGUGGAUGUUCAAGUGUGUACCUGUGAGGAUGGAGUGGAAUGUGGAACACGAUUGGGUCUCAUCGGCAAACAAUCAGCGUUAGGACCUGCUGGCAUUGGGCUGCUCCUCCUGGGCCUGCUGCUGUUACUACUCAUUCCUCUCUUGCUGCUGGUCUGCAAUUGCGGAGCUGCAGGAAUUCCUGGCGGCUUCACAGACAUGCCUUUUGACACAAAGUCGCAUCUCAUUAACUACCACACUGAGGGCCAGGGAGAGAGCACGGCUGUACCACUGAUAACCAUGCCAACGCAACCGGAUGGAGGCAUGGUCAUAGUUAAGGAGAAAGAAAGACAGUCACAAUCGGCAGGUUUGGGUUUCCAUCAACCUGUCAUCAACAUUGACAGGAUGACUGGAGCCGCCUAUGGAGAAGGACAUUACAGAGACAGCACAUGGGAGAUGAUGAACGCGCAUGGCAAUGGCUUCUACUCUACUGAGAUGGAGCACAGAGAAUCUGGAGUAGGUGGAGGAGUUUAUGAGGGCAUGGCCCUGCCAGAUCACCUUCUUCUACAAUACUACACUCAGAAACUGGCCAGUGGAAAUGAGAAUCUUGCAGUGGAAGACGGUGUCUUGGUCCAUGACUAUGAGGGCAAAGGCUCUCUUGCUGGCUCAGUGGGCUGCUGCAGCCUAUUGGAGUCUGACAACGACCUGCAGUUCCUGGAUGACCUUGGGCCAAAGUUCAAGACCCUGGCUGAGGUGUGUGGUGGCAAGAAGAUUCAAACUGAAGUCAAACCAGUGUUCAUACCUCCCCCUCGUCCUGCCAUCAACACUCAGAGCUCAGUGUCAAGUGUGGUGACCACCCAACAGCUGCCUCCUCUACCCCAGCCACAGCUGACCAUCCCCCAAACAGAGCGCACUGUCAUCAAGGAGACAGUGAAGGAAAGCACAGUGAGAGAAGGGAUGACCACAGUGAAGGAAGGGAUGGUGAAUCAAGGCCAGAUGGUCAUGCUACAGCAACAACAACAGCCAGCAGUCUACUACACCGCAGCCCCUAUGAUGCAGCCGAUGCACUACAUAGUCCAGCCGCAGGUCCAGAACACUGUGCUGCUGGCUGAGGCACCAGCCACCAACAUGCAGGGCAUGGUCCUAGUUAAUAGCGGUCAGACUGUACCUGCUCAAGGCAUGAUUGUCCAGGGGCAGACCAUGAUGUCUACUGCACAAGCCCAGAGCCCAGGCAUGGUGCUGGUAGGGGGGAGUGGGAUCCAGGGAGGCGGUGCCAAUCUGAUCCAAACCGGCAUCCCCUCUGGCUCCCAGACCAUGAUGGUUGUGCAGGGCAAAGUCCCUGCAGGGUCGAUGAAAGUGCUGAAGGGGGGCCAGACCAGUCUUGUGCAGGGGGGCACUCUGCAGUUAGGGGGAUUCUCAGGAUCUCAGAGAGUCGGCGAAAGCAGCACAUCAGCUGGCACUCAGAUCAGCUCAACUACCACCACUGUGAGCACAACCCCCACAUACACCAAACUAGUGACGCAGGAGAUUAGAGAAAUACCCUGAUUGAGACUUUGUCAGUGAUGCCAGUGAAACUGUUUCUCUAGCAGGGUCCAGCUGGUGAUGGGAUGCUUGUGGGAUUCAGGUCAUGCAUAUUUGUAAAUAGAGAGGCAGGGCAGGUAUCCCACUCUCCUGUACUGUUAGCUUUAACAGAUUGAACUAUUCUGUACAUAGUCAGUACUCCAACCGGGAAAAUAGAUCAAUCAGACUUGGAAAAAAGAAAAAGAAAAAGUAUCAAUGGUAAGCUUCCUGUCUAAAACUCUUCAAGCUGAACUAUGUGGUGUCCAACCCUGCCCCACCUCUCUACUGCUUCGCACUUUGCUUAGGAGUUUGGCUCUGCACUAAAGGAAACCCCCCUUCUCCCAACAUUUUGAGGAUGCACUACAUUUGUUUUAUAGAGAUAUUAUUUUAAUUUACUUUUGUACUUCUAGCUAUUGAACUCCCUGGACCACUAAUUGUAUCUCUUAAAAUUCCUCUAAUAUUCCUUAUGGCUAUGACAGACAAACUAUUUCAUCAUUGUAAACCAAUUCCAGAGUCUGUGUUGGAACCAUGAGCAACACGUAGAACAUAACUUUUCAAUUUCAACAAUUGCUACGUCAUGCACUGCGUUUUAAGGUUGAUAUAUGUAAGAUGAUAGAAUGAAAACUCCAUUGAGUCAGGAAAGGUAAAUCCACCAAUCAAUCAAUCUUCAAAUCACAACAAACAUGAUCUCAAGACGCUUUUAGAAACAUAGCGGGUCUAGACCAAUCUAUGUUAAAUUAUUAACAAAGACCAAACAUCAAGACAGGAUAAGA